AUGGCGUCGCAGAACGCGGACCCGGCCGCCGCCUACGAGGAGCUGCGCUACAAGCUGUCCCUGGAGUUCCCCAGCGGGUACCCGUACGCGGCGCCCACCGUGCGCUUCCUCACGCCCUGCUACCACCCCAACGUGGACGCGCAGGGCAACAUCUGCCUCGACAUCCUCAAGGACAAGUGGUCGGCGCUCUACGACGUGCGCACCAUCCUGCUCUCCAUCCAGAGCCUGCUGGCAGAGCCCAACGUGGAGAGCCCCCUGAACACGCACGCGGCCGAGCUCUGGAAGAACCCGGCAGCCUUCAGGAAGCACCUGCGGGAGACGUACGCCAAGCAGGCCCAGGAGACCUGACCCGCGCCCCGCACGCCCCCUGCCACAGGAU